AGUAGUACAGAAGCUGGAGGAAGGAGAAGGCGACGACCGACGACGAAGAUAGAGGAGAAAGAGGGUUUUCUGCAGAAUGGCGAGAUCUACCGGCGAGGAUGCUCAAGCUCUGUUCCAUUCUCUCCGGUCUGCUUAUGCAGCAACGCCGAAGAACCUCAAGAUCAUCGAUCUGUACGUGGCCUUUGCCGUGUUCACUGCUCUGAUCCAGGUAGCUUACAUGGCUAUGGUGGGAUCGUUCCCCUUCAAUUCCUUCUUGUCCGGAAUACUUUCUUGCACUGGGACAGCUGUCCUUGCAGUUUGUCUUCGUAUUCAAGUGAACAAAGAGAACAAGGAAUUCAAGGAUUUACCACCGGAGCGUGCUUAUGCAGAUUUCGUUCUCUGCAACUUGGUGCUGCACUUGGUGAUUAUGAACUUCCUAGGAUAAAAUAUGUUACAGCCCUUUGAAGCUAUGUGUUUUUGUUUCUUGAAGAAACCUUAUCUAGUUGGAAGAGACAAAGGGAAUACACACUUUGCGGCGACAUUAUUCUUAGAAUGGAUAUGAGAUUUCUGGGCUUGUUAAGCUGUCAAGAAUUGAACAAUUUCUAGACCUUGUCUUUUGGGUAGAAAUAGCAUUCCCUGUAGGGUUGAUACGUGUCAUGACGGGCUAUCUGGCACUGUCCGUUAGCAUGGUAAUUGAUACAAGUUUCUAA